AGUGUCGCACCGCCCGCGGCGUGGAUCGCACGCCACCGAACACGUUUAAACGCGGCAAGUUUCAAAAUACACGCGGCAACUUCGCAAAAAGUGAUGACAACUCAUUUGUGUGACAUGUGACUAAGUUUUGUGCGCCGUGUAUACAAAAAUGGGACCACCGAAACUUUAUUACAAUGACUCUUCGCCGGUGUGAUAGUCUGCCCAUAAGGCUUAGAGAUGCUCCAGUAUCAACAUCAAGAGAACCCGGAACAAACUUACUAAUUGCAAACAAAAUUCCCGACUCAAAUACUGUACCAAAUUUCGCAGAGCCCGCUCGCGAUCAAAUUAUCGCGACCUGGAAAUCCCUUCACACGGAUGUCAAGAAGAUAAAAAAUGGCUUCCCCGUUAAAAACGAUCACACGAUCUAUGGAGCGGACAAAAAAAAUCCCAUUACGCACAAUUUCAUUCAGACGUUUACAUGCAACAAUGGCUCUCGAAGGAAAAACACUUCUGAUAAUAGAAGAGUUGGGGUCAACGCACAGGAGGUCGACCGUUGCUCGUCAUAUCCUCUGGACACGGGCCAACCCAAGGCUACCGUCCAAAGCACUAACUUGGUUAGGCGUCGCACUUUCUUGGAAAGACUCUUGCCUUGGAAGAAUAGAGAAUGUGACUGUCAAGAACGUUAUGCAGAGCAGUUCAGAACUGCGCCUAAGUUGCGCGCGGAGGAUUUGCUCUGUACUUGUGGUGUCACCGGGAACCGGACAAACUUACCGGACGGUUAUAAAAAAAUUUCGGAACGAGGCCGUUCCAAGAGUGUGGGAUAUGAAGCAGCACGAGAAGUGACUCAAUUUAGACGGUGUGCAAGUGCUGGUGCUACGGUUGGUGCUGAAACGGCAGCAGCUCUACGUGCGCGGGCAGCUCUCACUCUCGCCCGUCGGUACUACCCUGAAGGUGGAUGGGGCUGGACUAUCACCGUUGUAGGGACCAUUGUGCAGGUCUUAUCACAUGGUCUUCAACUCGGGGGCGGCGCAGGAGCUAUCGCAUGUACUGCGGCAGUGAAAUAUCGAGUGCCACCACUUUAUACACAUGGAUGCCUCGGUGCACUGUCAGCGGGUGUGGCGCUCGCCCUGUCCCCAGUGACGGUAGCUUUGUGCGUGAGAAAGUCUACGCGAGUGACUGCCGUCGUCGGAGGCCUGGUUGCAGCGCUGGGGUGCCUCUUCACAUCCUUCGCGACACAGUUUCACCAACUCUUUUUCAGUUAUGGGACGGUGGUAGGUGUCGGAGUUGGACUUACACGAGACUGUUCGACACUGAUGGUAGCACAGUAUUUCAAAAGGCGAAGAGAGCUCGUCGAAAUCUUCAUAGUGAGCGGCAGCGGACUCGGUAUCGCCGUCAUGUCUACCUUCAUCAAAGGAGCUAUCAGGGCAAUUGGUUGGCGUUUAGGUCUACAAGCAGUAACGGGAGUUGUAUUCGUCACAUUCAUACUAGGUACAUUUUACCGUUCCGCCUCACUGUAUCAUCCGCAAAGACGCGCAAUACUUCACCUCAAGAAUCAGAAUAAAAUCAAACGGAAGAUGAAGGACAGGAACAAAUCUGACGACCGCCAGCCUUUCUUCGAUUUCUCGACGCUCAAGUCCAAGACAGUUAGGAUUCUACUAAUGUCUACUGGAAUAUCAGCGUUUGGAAUAAAUACACCUAUUUUCUAUCUGGCGUAUCAUGCUGAAGAAGAAGGUCUAGGGGAUACAGCGGAACUUCUCCAGGCAUAUCUUGGGUUAGCAUGGGCAGUGGGAUGUGCAGCAUUCGGUCUGCUGGUGAGACAAAACUCUGCGGAAUGCCGUAUAGCACGCCAGUACCUCACACAAGCAGCUGUAUUCGUAUGUGGGUUGGCAACCAUGGCGCUGACUGCUGUUGAAGGCUCUUACCGAGGAUAUGUUAUGUUCGCAUGGGUCUAUGGUAUUUUCUGUGGAGGGUACCAUUACUCAUUGAAAAUGUACACAUACGAAAGGGUGCGUUCGCGCAACUUCGCCCGUACUUGGGGAUUCGUGCAAUGCUCGCAGGCUGUGCCCAUAGCGAUUGGUGUGCCGCUGUCAGGUUACAUAAACGUCGGGUGUGGCGGUAAAGCAGGAUACUAUUUCAGCUCGACGUGCUCUCUCAUAGGAUCGCUAUCUCUCUUCUGUAUAGACCUGCAUCGACGCAGUGUUGCCCAUAAACACACCAAAGAAAAUGGCGGUACGUGCGAAUCGGCGUGCGGUCCGUCGGUACGCAGUCGCAGCCACGAGCGUGAUCCACGCGCGGGUACCGGCGCUGCCGCAACGUUAGGAAGGAACGGUAGAGAUUUGUUGGUGGACAGCAUCGGGCCCGGUAGUCUGGGUUCUCCCCCCGCUGGCGCCCCGCCUGAGCUCACUUGCAUCAGCGAGGAGGGUGGCCUCGACUUGGACCUGGACCUCGACAUACCGGAACAUCUGCUGGACGACCUGGACUGCGCCGGGGAUUGUAUCACCAGCUGUAAUAAGGUCGAGAACUAUUUGAUGCUCAGCGAGUACGAGAACAACCUGAUAGCAGAAUUGCCGAACCUGAACGAGCGCAGAAGUCGUCGAUGGUCAAUAGUGGUGUCAAACUCGCCGCAACCGUCCGCCAUCAACGAUCAGAGCUCGCCAGAGAACCACACCAAGAAAUCAAUAAAGUGGAAUAACAAAAAGUGCCAUAACUCAAACAACAGACUGAUAACGGUGAUCAACGAAGCGUCGCUGUAAAACUCGUAGUGUAUUACGAACGAGACAAUAAUAGAACAUUAUCGUUUUAGACAUAUUUAACCUCAUUAAUUUAUUUGAUGUGUGUGAAUAGUAGCGUUUGUGUAUUGUUCAAUAUAAUUUAUUAAAUUAUU